GUUGUCUUGGGAGGUCUCAGUCCUGAAAACUGGCAUGCCAAAUACUGGGGAAAUAAAUAAUUAAAGACCAGUGGCAGCACAUUAUGUUUCUGUAUGAACGCAGAAGGGGAAAACUGGAUUUCCGCCUGAAGGGCAAACUUGGUCCCAUGAGUUAAAACUUCGGAAUGAGAAGAAUUCCAUUCCAAACUUUCUCUCUCUGUUGAAGUCAGAACUACUUGCUUUGCCUCCCCAAUGGACCUAACUGUCAAGCAAGCACGCUUCAGGUUUCAGGAUUUCCUAGGCAAUUAUUCAGUCACAAUAAUUUUCGCAAGGUUCCAGCAAUUGGCCAGGGUAGGAGAGAGGUAGAGGGAAGUUGCGGGGCGGGAGGUGUUGCUUGCUUGCUUGCUUGGCACUCGUUUCCCCUGGAGGCGCGCAGCCUCAAAGAGAUGGGGAGAAUGUGAGAAUAAGGUUGCUGUGAGAGUCUUUCCAUAUUCAUCGGUGAAAUGCUAAAAGUUCAUAAGGCGCGUGCCCUUAUAACGGCGCGUGUGACAAUUUGGCAAAACAGCUUUGUGUGUGGAAAGGCGUCAGUCCCCUCCCCCCCCCGGCAGGACAUUUGCUCUUCUCUUUGCAAUAGUAAUAAAAAAAGCGCGGGAAAUGCUGCCCCUUUCGCCUACAGCGUCCCUCGGCCGAGCUGGAGCGAGAACUGGUGGGCGACAGGCCCGCUUGCACCGCCUGGAUCUCGAAGGCCGACCCGGCCACACCCCGAGCGCAGUGAUGAGAGUUUUCCUCUCGUUGCAUGAAUCAUCGGCAGCCCGCUUCGCCGCCGUCAUUUGCGUGGAGGAGAUUCGCAUUUUUAUGUCCAGCUCCGGAGUUGGCGGCGGCGGCGGCGGCAACAAAAGGGAACAGCCAUCAUGUCUGGUCUCGCAGCUAAAUUAGCAAAAGACAGGGAGGUCGCCCGAGGCUUAGGCUCCAAUGCCAAGGCCGUGAAGUACCUAAACCAGGACUUCCAUGCGCUGCGGGACGAGUGCCUCGAGGCGGGGAAGCUCUUCCAGGACCCCUCCUUCCCCGCGGCCGCCUCUUCCCUGGGCUACAAGGAGCUGGGGCCGAACUCCUACAAAACGAGGGGCAUCGUGUGGAAGAGGCCGACGGUAGGCGUUCAGACGUGCUCGCGUGUUCACGCGGGACCCUUGGUGGGAUGGGGGCGAAGUGUUGCUCUAAACCAAUCAGACUGCUGCAUUUUGGGUCCUAUUCAACUCAGUACAUAACAAAGACUUAAGUUAAAGAGGGAAAUAGUUACGAGGCGGUUCUGAGAACGGGAUUCUCCAUUCGGUUUGGGGAGAGAGAGAAUAAGAGAGGUGGAAAAGGGGCGGGGAAUUGAACCUGAAUUUAGUUCUUUGGGAGUUUGAGUGUAACUAGCAACUGGGACUGUGGGUGGAACUUUCUGUUCAGAAGGCCUGGAUUCCUAAACUAAAGAUCCUAUGGGAUCCCUUGCAUUGUAUAUACUCCUGGAAUCGGCCCACCCCUGCCUGAAUUGUGCGGGAUCUGGCUUUCUUGGCUGUGGCCCAUCACAGUGGAAGGGAGGAAAGGAAAAGAUCAACUUCUGAUACUCAGGAUCACUCCAAAUCCCGUAGUCAUCCUUUUGCCAAUCUGGUAUGCAUCCAGUUAGGGUGCCAAAAGGGUUUGCUUGUGCUUAUCAUUUCAAUGUAUUUUUAUACUAGAAGUAGGGAUUCUAAUUUGGGUAGGUUGUAGGGAGCAUGGGAGGUGGUAAUUAUUGUGGUUUAGAGUUGAUGCAGAGUAGGAUGGUGUGCUUACUGCGUAUGCAGCAGAAGUUAUGAGUAAGUUAGAAAAAAUGUUUCCUUUGUAUAGGGAGGCAGAGUAGGGUGGGACUGAGAUUGGCAGCAUGUCCAUUUGCUUCUAUACAAACUAAUGCCUGAUAGGAAUACUAGUUUCCGUAGGAUGUUACAGAGCUAAUAUAUAAUUUCCUGAUUCAGGUAGGUAGCCGUGUUGGUCUGACGCAGUCGAAAAUUUUUUUAAAAUUGUCCAGUAGCACCUUAGAGACCAACUAAGUUUGUUCUGGGUAUAAGCUUUCGGGUGCAUGCACACUUCUCCAGAUACAAUAUAAUUUCCUGUAAGCUAGUGGGAUCCUAGGCCUGUUUACUCAGAAGUAAGUACCACUUUAUUUCAUGGGGAUUCAUCUACACACUGCAGCAAGUGUGUUUAAGGCACAGAGGCAAUAUCAAAAUGCACUUGUCGCUUUCUACAGGGAAAGAAGUUCCCAUAUUCUGUGAGAGGAAGCGCCCAUCAAUCCAAACACAGUGGUAAUUAAGAGGAUUUCUGAGAGACUAAUAUGGAGGAUUCAAAAAUCUAGUUUUGAUUGUUUAAGCUCACUGACUAUCUUUGUUUCGUGUGAACGUAAGAGCCCUCUUGGAUCAGACCAAGGGCCUAGCUAAUCCAAUAUCCUGUGGUUACAGUGACCAACCAGUUGCCUAUGGGAACAACACCUCCAAGCAGGCCAUGAGCCCUCUAUCUCAUGUGGGCUAGGAAGGCUGUAGGCAUUUAGGAAGUAUGCCAAGUCUGAAAAUACCAAGGCACAGGUGAAAUGAGGUGAAAUGGAUAAAUGGUAGUUAGAACGCCAAAGUUCCAUCUUUACUCAAAUCAUGGAUGCAUUUAUGCUUACCUUUUUUUGCCCUAUGCUUCAUGAACCACACUCAUAAUCAUACUCCUGUUCAUAAGGCCAAAAUGCAUCUUUCACUUGCCAUGGGGAUGCCACAUCAUGUUGAGAGUCUCUGCAGCUCCAUAGGAUGCCUGUAUGCAGUCAUUAUCCAUAGUAUAGGGGUCAGCAAACUUUUUCAGCAGGGAGCCGGUCCACUGUCCCUCAGACCUUGUGGGGGGCCAGACUAUAUUUUGGAAAAAAAUAAUAAUAAUGAAUUCCUACUCCCCACAAAUAACCCAGAGGUGUGUUUUAAAUAAAAGCACACAUUCUACUCAUGUAAAAACACGCUGAUUCCUAGACCGUCCGCGGGACGGAUUUAGAAGGCGAUUGGGCUGGAUCCGGGCCUUAGUUUGCCUACCCAUGGGAUUGAUCAUUGUGAUGAGGUCUUCUAAAUAUUAUGGCUGAAGCAGAGACAGCCACUGACUGGGGAGGCUGCUUUUGGUGAAUAUGCCCAAGUGUACGCAAAUCCUGGAUUCUCAUUUAGCAGUAACCUCGCAAAGUAGUUUUACAUUGUCAACUAGCCGUGAUGGCUAGCAAUGCUUCUGAAUGGAAGCUGGAAACUGCAGGGGGAGAGUACUUUUGUGUUCAUUUCCUGCUUGCAGGUUUCUUGCAGGCAUCUGGUUGGCUACUGUGGGAACAGGAUGCUAGCCUUGAUGGGCCUUUGGCCUGAUCCAGCAGGCUCUUCUUACGUUCUUAUGCUCAUUCAGCAGUCCUAUGCAUGCACUGUACCCACCCUGUGCACCACACCCUACCCCUACAUUGUGAAAUAUUCCUGUUUUAUGUUUUCAGGAGGGACAAUAGAUGGUGUGCCCUCACCUGUUGUUUCAUUUCCUCCUGCUUUCCUUUUAUAUUAGGCCAUAUACUAGGCUUCAAAAGGUGGUGGAUAGUCCUUCUUUAAAAGUUUGUAAGCAGUAGCUGGAUGUCCACUGAUCAGGGAUGCUGCAUGAGUGGAUUUGCAGCAAGAGGCUGGGUUUGAUGGCUUUGAACUCUGUGUUUAAGUCACCUCCACCCUUCAUUUCCUUGCCUGUCCUUUUCUUAUCUUGGCAGCCACUCACUUCCAUAGAUGCAUUUAUUGAUGCAUCUGCCUUCUAUCCAUCUAGUACCUGUACUUUUCAGAGUCCAAUUUGAAUGCGCAAUUAUUUACAUGCUUGCAUGCUUUAUUUACAAUGCUGAAAGAGCAAAUUUUGCUUGUAAUAUGUGGCGCGUACACACUGCGUGAUGAUGUGCAUUCAGGCUCUUUUUUGGGGGGUGCUGUACACAUGACAUCACUGUUUCAUCCCUGCUCCACACUACUUGUCAGUCUAAAGUACAUUCUGCUGGAACAGUUACAAUCUGUUUCGUGCCAAGAAUGUACUUCUCAAGCGCAUUCUUGGCACAACACCUUUUUACACUGAGAGUGUUUUUUCUCAGGUCAUCUUCUAUUGGGGCAGGCCUAGUGACGUUGCAGGGGUGAGCUACUCCCCAUCACCAUAUUUAACUUGUCUAUGGAUGAAGUAGGUAAAAUUGGAAGUGGUAUAUAUCCUCUGUAUAUAUAUAUAUCCUCUGUAUUUCAGUAUAUCCUCUGUAUAUCAGUAUAUCAACACACCAGUUUCCAUCCCCACCCUUUUGGAAGACUAGGGUUUUUUUUAUUUUUAAAUAAGACUAAGGUCUGUGGAAGCACUAAUUGAGGGGAGGGGAACAGAGAACACCGUUCAGCACUAAUUUGAAAACAUGCCCAUCUGUGUGUAUGAACAAAUGGAUAUUAGCUGCCACUUUAGAUCAGGGUUUCCCAAACUUGGGUCUCCAGCUGUUUUUGGAGUACAAAUCCCAUCAUCCCUGACCACAGGGGAUGAUGGGAGUUGUAGUCUCACAACAGCUGGAGACUCAAGUUUGGGAAACCCUGCUUUAGGUGAUGUUAUCUCGUGAAGGUGUGUAUAGUUGCAAACUGCUCUGUACCAAAACAUACUGUGAAGAAAGACCCCUCUGUGUUUCAGAGGCUAUGUGGUUUUCUUUUGAAUAGAGGGGAUUUUCUUGCUCAACAUGUCCAGCAGCUUUUAAGCAGCACCAGGAACACAUGAAAAUAAAUAUUUUUCCUUGAGGGUACGAGCCAACCAGACCUCCAUAAGUCUUAGCAUUAUGCUCUUUGAAGAAGGAGAAGUCAGCUGAGGAAAGUGGAGGCCUCUGUGUAUUCAAGGAUGAUGUUUCCAUGGCUGCAUGCUUUGCAUAAGGGCAGAGAAUCUCAGAUUUCAGCUUAGUAAAUCCAGAAGAAAAUCUCCUUGAGUUUAACCGUUAACAAAAUUGACAGAAAAAUAGCAUCAGUCAUAUGAAACCAGAAGUAAGGAAUACAUUAACGUCCAUGUAGAGAGGGAAACCACAGAAAGUAUCAGCACAGCGCAACCCUAUAGGUUUUUACUCCAAAGCAAGUCCCACUGUGUUCAGUGGGGCUUACUCACCCCACUUUGGCUCCCAGCAGUUACCAGAUCAAAAAGUAAGAAAUAUCUCCUGUGCUGUUUCUGUCUCUGAGUGCAUCAAAAAGUUGCCCACAAUUCUGAACUAGAGAAAGGGGUUAGGGCAGGUUUCCCCCAAAACUCCGGCUGUUUUUGGACUACAGUUUCCAUCAUCCCUGACCAUUGGUCCUGCUAGCUAGGGAUGAUGGGAGUUGUAGUCCAAAACUGACAGAGACCCAAGUUUGGGAGACCCUGGGUUAGGGUAAUAGCACAAAUUGCCACUAAGAACUCCUUUUUGGAUGCCUUUUGGAUCCCUUGAAUUACGUGGUUAGAACAUUGCCUAGAACAAAUAUUUUGGAGGUUUUGGCUUUUCAUUAUACGCAGCCUUUGCUGACUUAGUGCCUCCUUUGGAUUAUAGUCAUGUACAUAGCUGGUCUGCUUAGACCCCAGUGACUUCAAAGAGCUUUAGCCAGCCUAACCAUGUUCAGGAUUGCAGCUGAUGGGAAACAUAAUCCCAACACUCCACAGACAUGCAUGUACAGAUACCAGGGUUGCCGUUGGAGAUCAGCCUGGAAUGUCCAUAACUUUAAAUAAAUUUAUUUUCUUACAUGUUUCUUCUUACUACUUGCUUUGCCAGGAGUUGUGUUCCAAUCCUCAGUUUAUUGUUGGAGGUGCCACCAGGACUGAUAUCUGCCAAGGAGCUUUAGGUAAGAUGGAGACCAUGCUUAACUUCCUGCUGAAGCACUCUUAACAUGAUGCCUACCUUGUUUUAGAUCUAUUUACUUUAUUUUAAGAAUGUAUAAACCUGCUUUUCAUCAUGUCGGCCUCAAACUAAACCAGGCUAUUUUUCUCUUCACCUUUUGGAGGGAAGCAUAGCUUCCUCUCAGCCAUGUAAACCAUCAUAUUUUCUCUUUAUCUUGUGAUUAGACAAAGAUCAGACUACCACCACAUCUUACUCCACCUUGGGUUCUUUUAUCAUUGCAUCAGAAUUCUGAUUUUAGCACCCUUCAGUUCCCACAGUUUUGCCUCUUCCUGAAUCAUUUUCCCUCCAAAGUGUUGUGUGCGCUCCAUAUCCAUGAGAUAACGCUGGCUUGUGGCAUUUGACUUUAACUUCCAGAUAAGAGACUCCUUUUUUUCAUCCUUCAUGCAAAUUGCACUUCAUUCCAAGAAAAGAAUGUUGUUUGUGCUUCAGGGCAGGUAUGCAUUGAUUUCAACAGGCUGCAUCCAGGGAUAAAUAAAACCAUGACACUGGCCUUACUUCAUAGCUGCAGACUACUAUGUUCUGUUGUAAGGUUUCCUUUCUUUUUGCCCUUGCGGUGUCACAAACUACAGAUUAAACCCUAUUUAAUGUUGCAUUUUUCUUGGACGCAGAGCCAUACUGCACCUUUGUUCUGGAUUUCAUGUUGUCACGCACCUCAAGUAGUCGCAGCAAGACCUUACUAUUCCAACAAGCAUUUUAAGGAAGUUUUCUGUCUCUAUUAUUAUUAACUUUAAUUGAUUUUAUCCACUUUUUGUAAUUUUUAUGUACACCACUUAGAAACUUCAGGGAUUAAGCAGAUUUGUGUUUGAAGAAACUGUGUCAUUCACCAGUCUGCAACAUUCCUCUAACCUUCCAUUAUCAAAGUAGUGUACACUGUGGCACUGGUUGGCAUAUUCUGAGCUGUUUAAGGCUUUAUAGGUCAAAACCAGCACUUUGAAUUGGACCCGGAAACUAACUGGUAGCCAAUGCAGUGGGACCAGGAUCGGUGUAAUAUGCACAAACCGUCUUGCUCCGGUGAGCAACCUGGCCACUGAAUUCUGCACCAGCUGAAGUUUCCGAACCGUCUUCAGAGGCAGCCCUACACAUUGCAGUAAUCUAACCUUGAGGUUACCAGAGCGUAGACAACAGUAGUUAGGCUAUCCCUGUCCAGAUAUGGACGUAGCUGGGCCACCAGCCAAAGCUGAUGGAAGGCACGCCAGCAUUGUGACAUGGGGAGAAAGUUAGGUGUAGCAAUCAGUCAUUUAACACUUAGAAUACCUUUCCCCCUUCUAAAAAUGAAGCUUGUUUUAACUAAGAAGAAUGUAGCAUAAUGGCCUGGUUUGCACAUCACAUUAAACCAUAGUUUAAAACAAACAUUAAACCUUAGUUUGAAGCAAACUGUGUGGUUUAAUCUGAGUAUGCAGUAUGCACAUUGCUGCUAUAUGUGUGCUGCCAAAAAGCAAGAAAGUGCAGUUUGUCGUGACAUCCAUACACAGGAAAAGAUUCACGAGUCCAGAUUUGGAUGUCACAACAAGCCAGACAUGUUACCCAGUGGCAUAGCUGGAGCAGAGUGAAAAGUUUUCAGCAGCAUACACCGGCGUGGUUUUCUUACACAUAAAACAAUAGCUUGUUUUUAACUGUGACUUAAUGUGAUGUGGAAAUCGGGCCUCUGAACAUUACAGACUCUAGCAAACUUACUACACUGUAAAAUUUAUAAAGCUUUGUGGGUUUAAAAAAGCCCUUCCUUUGAAUUAAUUAAUGAAUCUUUUAAGAAUUUUUAGAUGAGUUUUCUCAGGUUCUAGUAUUUUUUAUGUUUAUGUGUAUCUUGUAUUGUUGCAUAGUUGCAUAUUACUGCAAAGCUCGCUGCGCACAGUGAGUCAUUUCAGCAGAAUGGUUUUUGCAUAGAGGAAGCAUGCUCAAUAUUUAUGGGGUUUUUUUUUUCAAAGGAUGUUGCUAUAGUAUCACAGCAAUGACCUAUAAAUAGGCUAGUGUUUCCCCUCUGAUUUCAGUAGCAGAUAUAUCUUCCCCAGAAAUUAAAACCACAUUUACAUUGUAAAAAUUCAUGUAUGCAUUUUUCUACAAUACUGUGUGGUUGUGCUGUGAGGAUCUCCCAUUUUACUCACUAGGGCGGUGUACAGUUCUAAUAUUUUCAGCGGGGGAGGUGCUGUUGACAGCACCAUCAUCACUGCUUGCAAUACAUAUAUUCAUGUUCACCCUAUCCUGCUGUGGGCUUUGAGGUGGAACAGUUUAAUAUGUGCACAGAUUGAAGCAGUUGAGCUUUCCCAAUUGCUUCUGCUGAUUAUGUAUUCUUUUUCAAGUGCAUCUUCUACUGCCCAUUUCUCAUGUAUCUACUUUUUUUUUACCAUAACCAGAAGAUUCUCUUCUGGAAAUCUCACAGUAAGUGAAACCACUAUAGAAGGGAAGGAAAUUCUUGUGCCAAAACAGCAUGCAGGAGAACAGAGGCAAAACCAUCAACUUUUUUAAGAAGAUACAAUAGCUUAUAUAGGGGGACACACUUGUCAGAAUCUGUGCGCUAAUUAAAGCACUUUCCACAAGAUUUGGUUCAGAUCUGUAUCUAUCAGUUCAUUCUGGUUUCUGGUAUGUCUGGUUCACCUCUUGUUUGGGAUCCAAAUCAGCUUUGUUAAAAACGAAGCACUUUCCCACCAUGUAGUAUUACGGGGAAUCCAAAAAUGCCACAAGAAUGAGCCUUAAAUAGAAGUUGCAACUCUUUCUGGGUAACUAUCUUGGGUUUCCAUGAGAGGCACCUCUUUGUUCAAAGGAUCCCAGCCUGUUUUUGUAAUUGUCAUUUUCUGUAUGUCUGUUGCUAAGUACUUGCCCAAGCAGCGACAUGGGUGGCGCUGUGGUCUAAACCACUGAGUCUCUUGGGCUUGCUGAUCGGAAGGUUGACGGUUUGAAUCCCCGCAACGGAGUGAGCUCCCAUUGCUCUGUCCCAGCUCCUGCCAGCCUAGCAGUUUGAAAGAACGCCAGUGCAAGUAGAUAAAUAGGUACUGCUGUGGCAGGAAGGUAAACGGCAUUUCCAUGUGUUCUGGCUUUUGUCACGGUGUUCCAUUGUGCCAGAAGCAGUUUAGUCAUGCUGGCCACAUGACCCGCAAAGCUGUCUAUGGACAAAUGCCAGCUCCCUUGGCCUGAAAGUGAGAUGAGCGCCGCAACCCCAUAGUCGCCUUUGACUGGACUUAACCAUCCAGGGGUACUUUACCUUUACCUUUUUAUUUGCCAAGCAUCACUGUUGAUGAGCAGUUACUAAAGAGAAGGAGUGUAUGAUGCAAGCACAGCCACUCUACAGUUGCAAAACCAAGAUCUUUAUUGGCUCAUGGCAAUGCGUACUACUAUGGACAUAGGUGCAGUACCUCUGAAAAGUGAGUUUAACUGAUACAUUGCUAUUUAGUUACUGCUCAACAUUGGUGUCCAGGGAGUCCAUUGGCCAUCCUUACUUUUCGUACUUGCUUCUUGGUAAUGGUGGACAAAUGUUGGAAUUUUCUUGUGAGCUGCUACUUCAGAUUCUUAGGACCUGUCUAGCCUUUGGAUGAUAAGAGAUCUCAAGGUGUUUUGAUGCACCAGUGGAGUUCAUUAGCAUUGAACAGUCAUCACAGACAGUUGAUCUUGACAGUAGAGUUCUGUUUAUUCAGUUUGAAAAUGCUGAAGUUAUUUCCCCCCUCCCCGCCAUUGACUUCUUUAUUCAGUAAUUUGUGUUUUGUUUGUGUGUUUGGUAAACUGCAGUGCUGCUGGAGGCACCAAAGGUGAGGAGGCGAGUGUACAUUGGCUCUCAUCCAGCAGCACUGGUUAGCAGCUAACCAUCCGAUUCUGGAAGGCAGAGCCAGUCUACAGAGCUUCUCUGACUCACAGGUGGCAAAACUAUGAAAGAUGGAAAAGUCUGCUGGAACAGAAGGGCAUCAGUGAAUUUCCACACAUGUUGGGGAGGACCUUGUUUGUUAAUAUCAUUUAGACGGAUCAGAUUAAUCCAGAAUUCUCAAAGCAAGAUUCUGCAGAGACUGAAAUCAGCUUUUUAAAAACAUGUGAAAGUCCAAACAUGCUGGUAAUUCUGUAGUCAUCCGUCUUGGGAAAAGCUUAUUACUGUUCCCAUUUUUUUAAGGAAGGCUUCCCAACUAUUCUAUGCCAAAUAUCACUGGGUGUAAUUCAGCCCACUUUUUGUGGAUUAUUAUUACUAUUAUUAUUAUUAUUAUUAUUAUUAUUAUUAAAAUUUGCAUACCGCCUUAUACCCACAGGUCUCAUUAGGUGACUUGCAGGGCAGAAUGGGAUGGCAGAUUACCUACUGCCAUGGCAGAUACCCUAAUGGAAUACCCCAGAUAUGCUGGCGCAACACCACCAAAGAUGUGCCAGCGGAAUUGCUAGAAUGAGAUGUAGUUUUGAGCAGGAUAGGACAGCACAGGGAAAGAACACACUUCGGCUGUGUCUUCCAAGACCAUGCCCAUGUCUCUGUUGGUGGUGCAACUUGACAGCUGGAGCUGUUGCAGAUCAACUCCCCAGUUGAUUUUAAGGGGAGCAGGUAAUUAAAAAUUGCCCUCCUCACAUUACCACAGCAGCACAAUACAGGCUCCCCCCCCCCACCAUAGUUAGAGUAUAGAAGUACAGUACUCUGUCCUGCUCUUAUGUUAAUCUCUCCUGGUAAGAACAAUAGGACUUAAAGUGCCUUACUUCUUCUUCUCCCCCCACCCCUCUUUAUUUAUUUAAGAGCAUGGAGACUAAUGGGAAAUACUUUUGUUUUGCUUUCACAGGAGACUGUUGGCUCCUGGCAGCCAUUGCUUCUCUCACAUUGAAUGAAGAAGUUUUGGCUAGAGUUGUGCCCAGCGAUCAAAGCUUCAAAGACCGAUAUGCAGGAAUAUUCCACUUCCAGGUACCACAGAUACUGAUUUCUGCCUUUUCCCUGGAAGGGUUACGCUGCUUUAUUAGCACUGUAUUUGCCAGAUCAACUGAUACCCUGGUAUGCAUGCAAUGGAGGGUAGGGAAGCUUCAGGAAUUUGGUUUCUGCAGAAUCAGGUGUGAACCGACCUGAUCCACCCCUCCCGGAAGAAUGUGCACAUUGUACAAUUACCCUUUGGAUGUUGCUCAAGGCAGUGAUUGAUUCUUUUGCCUAAAACAACUUUAAAGUUGCAUGCUUGACUGGAAGUAAUGCUCUCCUGAUACAAGUACCUUUUUGUACACCUGAGCUAUAGGGAUUUUUCUGGGAUGAAUAGUGGUAUCAGUCACCCUUCCUCAGCCUGGUGCCCUCAGGUUAAUGUUGGGGUCUGACUCCCCAGCAAACUUGGCCAGUGAUCAUGGAUGAUGGGAGUUAUAGUCCAACAAGAUCUGGAAUGCACCAGGUUGAGGAAAGGGGCUGGUAUUGGUUAUAUAUUUUGUUAGAAGAUACUUAACCUACUCUUACACUGCAGAUAAGGUGGCAAGCUUUUAGAGCUUCAAAAAGCUCUUUCUCAAAACUUAAGUGAAAUGUUUGGUGAAGCGAGCUGGCACCAGGCAGUACGCUCUGCAGAGGGCAUCCCAUAACUUAGCUGCCAUCACCAAGAAGUCCCUUUCCUCACUGAGGGCACCCAGAGAAGCGUUGCUGAAACUUAUCUUGAAGUCUCGACCAUUAUGUAAGGGGAGAAGCUCCUUCAGCUAACCUGGUCCCAAGCUGUUUUCAGCUGUGGUCAAGAGCAUGCCUUCUAACACAUUGUGGUGAUGAUGAUUAUUUGUUUUCAGUUCUGGCAGUAUGGAGAGUGGGUGGAUGUUGUUGUUGAUGACAAGCUACCUACCAAAGAUGGAGAGCUCCUCUUUGUUCAUUCAGCCCAAAGGAGUGAGUUCUGGAGCGCUCUGCUGGAGAAGGCUUACGCCAAGUAAGUAAAGCACAGCAUCAGAGGUGGGGAAUCUCAGACCCAGGGGCUGAGCACUCCAAGCCCCUCUGCGUGACCCUUGGGACUCUGCUCAGGCCAAACCUUCUCUUGCCACACCUUUCACAUCAUGGAGUCAUAAUGGUUUGCAUUAGGAAGGGAUCAUUCCUCUUUGUAGCAUCAGGGGCCCUAGUCCAUAUGGAUUAAUAGUGUGGUUAUUUAAUAUACAUGUAGCUAAGGUACAUGAUCAGAUCUGUGUGUCAAACAUUUUGAUGUAUCCCAUGUUGACCUUGGGCUCUUUGUGAAUGAAAAAGAAGUAGUAGUGCAGACACCUGAUUGUGAGGCUUCAGCUAUGCUACACUUUAAUUUCAAAGGCCGAGAAAAGAAAGUUGAAAUGUCAUGUUUGCCUCUUACACAGGGUGAAUGGAUCGUAUGAGGCUCUCUCUGGAGGAAGCACCACUGAGGGCUUUGAGGACUUCACUGGAGGAAUUGCAGAGUGGUACGAGCUGCAAAAGCCACCGCCGAACCUGUUCAAAAUCAUCCAGAAGGCUCUUCAGAAGGGCUCUCUCCUGGGAUGCUCUAUUGAUGUGAGUUAGUGUUGUUUUCUUUCCAGCUGUCCCACGUUCUUUUGUGCAUGCAGCAACUGGAAGGUUGCUUUAGUUAGGGGACUGUGAGGUAGUACAGAAUUCCAAACCUCCAGGUAGUGCACAGGGACUGGAAAAUCCUGAGCCCUUCCCCUCCUAUAAGAAUGGCUGGUGUUAAUUUGAAUGAGACUUUAGGGCAAAAAAGGGCCCCAAAAGAAGAAUUCUCCUUACCUCUUCCAUUGUGUAUGUUAACAUCCCUUUGCAACAGCUGAGCAGCGCAAAGGCAGCUGUUGCUGCUCUUCAGUGGCUGGGUGUAUUUUCACCUCAUAGUUGCAUUUGAGCAAUUCUUUGCUGGGUCCCGAGAGUCCUGCCUCAGUACACAAAGGGUCUUGUGGCAUCUGAAAUGCUAACAAAUUCUAGUAGGGCACAAGCUUUCAUGGACUAGGCUUCCACUUCAUUAGACGCUUCUAAAUCAGAUUGCUUUUUAAAAGAAUAAAAAAUAAAUAAGACUGCUCUGACUAUCCUUUUUAAGAAUAUACCUGCACACACCUUUAAUUUCCCUGUCUGAAAUAAAUCCCCAAAUGUGUGACUCUAAGAAAAGAAGGGUCUCUUUGGAGACCUCCACCAUGUAGCUGCAGACAACAUAUCUGAUUCCAAGUUCCGUGUACACCAGGGAUGGGGAACCUGCCCCUCCCUCCAGAUGUUGUUGGACUCCAGCUCCCAUCAGUCAUGGCAAGCAUAGAUAAUGGUCAGGGAUGAUGGGAGUUGUAGUCCAGCAACAUCUAGAAGCCAGUGAUUCCUCAUCACUGAGGCAUGUUAUGUUGCAUGUACAUUGCUCUCCUGUGGAAUUAGGUUUCCUCACUCACUUCAGUGCAGUUAUUAACUCUGAACAUGCAUCCCUAUAAGUUGUUUCCAGCAUUGUAAUGAAUGAAGAAGCAUUUGCAGGCGAGAGAGCUGUGAAUGUGAAUCAGAACUCCCACAUGCAAUAAUAACUUAAGGGAUAAUGCCAAGGAACCAUAAUCGUCAUCUACAUUUUGGGAUGCUCCACCCUGCCCCUAAUGAAGUAAGUUAGGCUGAGAGAUGAUAGCUAGCCUUCAAUCAUCUGGUGAGCUUUUUUUGGAUCUGAUCUGUCUUCUCAAUAACCUUUAAAGUGGAGGGUAAGGGGGACUUCCGGGUUAGCGCCAUCGGCAAUGGCGGAGUUCCUCUGACUGAGAGGAACCCGCUCUGUGAAAAUUGGGUCUUGCCGCCGCGGCGAAGGCGGAGACCCUCUAAAAAUCCCAGGCGGAGGAAGCCUGGGAACGUGGGAUUCGGCUGACACCAGGAGCGCCUCCCCUACUCGCAGGGAAACCCUUUUUCGGGGAUCCGAAGCGACGUGGGGUGAGUGGCGCGGUGUUUUGAAUCAACCGCUACUUUUACGGAGUGAAGCCGCACAGCCGUUGCCGGAGAGCGCUGACUUUCUCCUGUGGACAAUUGGACUCUAAAUAAGUACCCGUGAGUAGAACGGAAAAUUGGAUUAAGAAACAUUUUAAUUUGGCACUGAAGCGGGAAGGCUCUAAACAGGAAGUCCGCCUCCCGGUUUUGUAAAUAGAUUGAAGCAAAAACUUUGGAAGCUAAAGUCUGGAAAGUCGUAUAUAAAGGUCUAAAUUUCCUUCAGUUAUUACCACCAAAACCCCUCUUGGAAGCAGGAGAAAAGGGGGGGAAUUUUUGACUGUUUAAGCCUGCAGGAGAGAGAGUAAGAAAGAUAAAUUUCCACCGUCUCAAACCUGGGAACAGGGUGUCAGAGACAGAAAUUUAUGGGGAAGUUCAUCGACUGUGAAUGGAACGUCUUUUGACAGAUAGUAAAAAAAGAGAAACAAAUUGACUCCAAUGUUGCCUCUUGCAUUCAAAAGAAACAAAAUAUUUGAAAAAUGAAAGUAAUUUUCUUUUGUUGGUCCUGCUUUCAAAAGAUGGAUACAAAUAGAAAUUGUCUCCUCUAGAGGGAGCUUGUUAAUUUGUUGCUGGAGUCGAUCUGGGGAUUUCACAGCUGUAAGAUUAGGAUCGUGAGACCAGACUCUGACCUUGAAUAAAAAUGUGUUUAGAAGAAGUUUUGGUGCUUGCUUUUUGCAAGACAAGCGCUUUGCUGGAGCAGAUGCAUGAGAAGAUGGAUUUGAUGACUGUUGCAGUUAAAAACUUUGGACAAACGGCGAAUACUCAUAUAGAAACCAUUCAGGAACCAGCCCAGGAACUUGUUUUGACAGGGCAAGCGCAAGUGCAGAAGAUAAUGGAGGAGGUUGCUGUUGAAUCUCAAGUAACACAAAUGGAGAGAUCCGAGGCCUUGCAGGAGCAUAAGCCGCUGUUCUUGAAGUUUGAAUCUGGAAUGGACCAGGGGGGGUCUGGAGUUGUGAGGGCUCUUAAUUUUGGAAGGACUUUGAAACAUGCUUUUAAAUACUUCCUGGAUUACAGUGUUGACUGUGGGGAAUGGGACUGUGGGGAUUGGGCUGAUUUGCUGAGGGAAGAUGGAGAUAUUUUUGGAUUGGAGUCCUCCCGAGACCUACCCCCCCAAUGAGAAAGGAAAGAAAUUAAGAAAAAGAUCAACAAAAGACAAAGUAAAGUGCAGGUAUAAACAAGAAGAAGAUCUGCAGAAGGGACAUGGAAAAGACUUAAGAGCCUCGGACAUAAGAUCACCAGGUUGAUGGACUAGAUGGAAUGGACAAGAAGGACUGACAAAACCCGAGACCAGGAAGAAGAGACGUUGGAUGAAGAUUGGAAGAAAGUUUUUUAAAAAAUUAUUUUGAGAAUUAGUGUAAAAUUAAUGAGUAUUAGGAAAAAUGUUGGAAUGAAACUAUUUGGCUUUAGUAGAAAUGAUAUAAGGAGUUAUGUACAAAUAAGUAUUAAGUUUUAAGGGUUUUUUUUACGGUAAGAUAAGGUUAAAUAAAUUAAGGUAAAUUGAAUGACAGAAUAUAGUGAAAGAUGGAAAGGAUUUGUUGAGUUAAUUAAAAGGUUAGAUCGUUAAGAUAAAUUAUAUAACAAAAAUUGAGAAAGAUGGAAAGAAUUUGCUGAAACAAUUAAUUAAAUUAGAAUACAGAAAGGGAGGUGUGAGGAGGUCGAUGAAACAAGUAAAUGAAAGAUAAAGAUAUGGAACAUUGGAUGUGUGUUUUAAUGUUAUUGGGUUUUUUGCUGCAUUGUUGUAUUGUUUUUUAUGCUUUUCCUUUUAUGUAUUGUAAUGUAUGUUUUGUCAAUUAUUAUUUUUUUGUUGGUUUCCUUUUUUUCUUUUUUCUGUAAUUCUUAAACUUUUAAUAAAUAUCAUUUUUUUUUAAAAAAAAGUGGAGGGUGAGGGAUUGAAUCUAUAGUGCAAGUAUGGGGAGUGCUAAACUCUUGCCACCCUCUUCCUGCUUUUGCUUCCUGUUGCUCCUCUGCCCCAGCAGCUUUUUCCUCAUGGCCAAAUUUGCUUCCAUUACUGAAGCCCUGAAGAAAACAGCCUGAUGACGGGGCACAGGCUGUGGAGUGGGGAGCGGCAGGCAGGGCAGGGAUCUGCGCCUCCUUACCCAUAAAUCUGCUUUGUGCUUUAAAUCACUCGCCCUUCUGUGAGUGAUUAUGGGGCGAUCUUUCAAAAACCACAGGGCAUCUGCCUUCACUUGUCAUUUCACCCUGGCUGCAAAACCAACUAGUUUUCUCUAGCCCACGCCCAGCAUUCUUUCUUUCUUUUUUCCCCCCCAGACAUCUUUAUUGAAAGUUGAAAAGUACAAAAUUAUAUGUGCACUAAACAUGGUGAGACGUAAAUAAAAGAGAGAAAAAGAGAAACAGCACCCGUGUAGAAGGGAAAGUAAAGGGGGAGGGGGGACCCCGAAACUUUAUACUUUACAAAGUUGUUAUUGUACUUCACCGGAUCUUAACCUAUUACAGUACAGUGGUACCUCGCAAGACGAAUGCCUCGCAAGACAAAAAACUCGCUAGACGAAAGGGUUUUUCGUUUUUUGAGCUGCUUCGCAAGACGAUUUUCCCUAUGGGCUUGCUUCGCAAGACGGAAACGUCUUGCAAGUUUGUCUCCUUUUUCUUAACACCGUUAAUACAGUUGCGACUUGACUUUGAGGAGCAACUCAUAGCACGCGGUGUGGUAGCCUUUUUUGAGGUUUUUAAAGACUUUGGUGAUUUUUGAAGCUUUUCCUAAACUUUCCCGACACCGUGCUUCGCAAGACGAAAAAAAUCGCAAGACGACAAAACUCGCGGAACGAAUUAAUUUCGUCUUGCGAGGCACCACUGUAUUUGUAAGAAUGGAUUCAAAAUAUCAUCAAAUUUGUCCAUGGCAAGUCUGCAUUUAUAUGCAAGUUGUUCAUAGGUUGCGAGUUUGUAUAGGUCUUCAAUCCAAUCAUAGUAGGGAGCGGCAUUAUUAUUAUUUUAAUUCAUCAGUAUAAACUUUUUGCUGUGGUAAGGGCACAGAGAGUCCACUCAUAUUGUCCUUUUGUAAGGUUCCAUGUGCUGGGCAUAUAAUUCAAGAGGAUAUUUUGCUUCGUAAAUGUAAGGUUGUUCUGUACGGUUCUGUUGAUAGUUUCAGUUACCUUCUGCCAGAAAUCUUUCAAUAUAGGACAAUGAAAAACAUAGGUUACAGAGAAGCAUUAUCCCUGUUGCAUCUGCAACAGUUAGAUACCUUAGGUCAGGGGUAGGCAACCUAAGGCCUGGGGGCCGGAUGCGGCCCAAUCGCCUUCUCAAUCUGGCACACGACAGUCCGGGAAUCAGCGUGUUUUUACAUGAGUAGAAUGUGUCCUUUUAUUUAAAAUGCAUCUCCGGGUUAUUUGUGGGACCUGCCUGGUGUUUUUACAUGAGUAGAAUGUGUCCUUUUAUUUAAAAUGCAUCUCCGGGUUAUUUGUGGGACCUGCCUGGUGUUUUUACAUGAGUAGAAUGUGUGCUUUUAUUUAAAAUGCAUCUCUGGGUUAUUUGUGGGGCAUAGGAAUUCGUUCAUUCCCCCCCCCAAAAAAAACAUUAAUCCGGCCCACCACAUGGUCUGAGGGGCGGUGGACUGGCCCACGGCUGAAAAAGGUUGCUGACUCCUGCCUUAGAUAGCCCUUUUCUAAACAAACAUAAUGGGGUCCAGUGUUUUCCACCCCCGGCAUUCUAUCCCUCACACCACUCUGGAUUCAAAAUUUCUGGAUUGUGGCAGAUCGAGUUCUUUCAGAUCUGCAAACCAAAGCAUCAGAUAGCAGAUGGCCAGACGUGAGUGGUGCAAAGCCCCCUUUGUCUUACAGCUGCAGAAACCGAUCCUAGAGGUUGCAUACAUUUCAGGCUCAGAAUUGAGAAAGCCUUGUUGGAAAAGGGCCAGUUUGGAUAAGUAUUCAGGUGGGCAGAGGCUUGAUAAUGUAAACAGUAUUUCUGUAAACAAAAGGCUAUCACUCCAGGAAGGAGCUUCUGCCGGAGGCUUAAGGGGGCUUGACUAUAAUCCCUUGGUUUCAAGAUACAAUAAAAAGACAGUGUAAUAAGACCCAAGGACAGGAACUCAAGGCCAAGAAUGCAAAUCUUUAAUAGAUAAAAUAUAUUUGGAAGACACACAGCAAAGGCUAAGUAUUAUCAGUAUGGUAACAGGCUGCAAGUAGCUCCCUGGGAUGUGGGGAUGCUAUUUUUGUUAUUUUUCAGAGAAGGAGGGGCAAGUUGUUUAGAAUUCACUUUCAUAGUAGCACAUAGCAGGGCAAACAGCCAAGUCAAAAAUUAAGUAAUACAACCUUAUAGUUCCCAGAAAUUCCUGCCUCUGCUGGCUUCUCAUUCUCAGCCUUCACAAGAAAACUUCUUCCAUCUGAGGACAAAACUGCAUCCCCCCCCAACAUCCCCCAGGCUCUGAUGCCCUGAUUCAUUCUCUGUGAUAUCUAAAUCCUAACUGUAGCAGAGUGAACUGACUUUAAUUUGCACUUCCCAGAAGAACAAUACACGAAAACACAUCUAGCCUUAAAAAUCCACACUUCUCCAAAGGCUGUGAUGCAGCACAAAAUAUGGGCAAAGAUAUGUGUGUGUAAGGAGAAGCUGCAUACAAAUGCAUAUACUAGUGAAAAAUUGCAUACAGAAGGUGGAAAUUGCCUGAAAAAAAUGUGUAUAUUAAGAAAUUUGCAUUAAACAUGUAUGCAACUAGGAGAGCAAUUUUUUAAAGAAAUUGCAUUCAAAAUUGCGUUGUUUUGUCAGGUUGCCCAUUCUCAAGGUUUGAACUGUAAAUAGGCCUGAGAGCCAAAGAUGCAUACAAUAAUACUGUUUAUACGAGAUGGAAGAGAGUCUUCAUAGAGUGAGAAUGCAAUCAAUUGUUUCUCAGAGGCAGUGAGAAAUUUGGCAAGCCCCAGCACCUCAGCUGACACAAGCAGAAGUCAACAAUGUAGGGCAUGGGGCAGUGCUGGUUCGUAUUCGCCAAUUCCUCUUGUCAAAGACCAGGGUGCAGAGUAUGAAGGGAAAAACGAGAGGAGCUCAUGGAGCUGUCAAGCCCCCUGCAGGAGCAAUUGCCGCUGUAGCAUUCAGCAUGGCACUGGUGCUUCAGUGAGGGAUUGUGUCACCACAGGAGCAAUGAUAUUUCCGUGUGUGUUUGCAGAUCACAAGCGCUGCUGAGACGGAGGCUGUCACCACACAGAAGCUGGUCAAAGGGCAUGCAUACUCCGUUACAGGUGCAGAAGAGGUAAGCUCUCCAUCUUGGGAAAUGGCAAAAUGUAGUGCGCUAAGGAUAUGAUAUCAUUUUGGGCCAGUAUUAUUUCCUAGGCAUCUGAGAUAUUAUCUGUGAAAUGUUUGAAUGUACUGCCCUCUUGUGGCUAUGAAGUCUCCCACCAGCCAAAUUUUGCCUUAUUAGCCCUCUUGAAAUGCUAAUAAAUAUUUACUGUGAGCUGUAUCACAUGUUGCCAGUUAGUGAACCCACAAUGUGCUUAAGUUUUGUUUUUCCGGGAAAUCACAUAACAUACGAGGUGCACACAAGCAUAGUGGGGAACUGUGUUUCCCCCUGGCUCCAUCACAGGGUACAUCUUAUAGCCAAGAUGGGGAAUCUUCAGUCCAUGCCCACCAAGAGGUCCAGUUUGGUCCAUGAGGCCAUUUCACCCAAACCACACUCAUCCACCAGCUGAUAUCACUGGUAGGUGGAAGGAGACGGCUUAAUCCUGCAGAAGGGAACAGGAUUAGGCAACCAAAGCAGCAGGAUUUAAUCUGCACAUAAUCUGAGCAGCUGUUAAAGUUCAUUGCAAAAGCACUCUUUGAAGCAGCACUAUGCUUAUCCUUUAAACUGAGGUGGGAGAGGUGCCUGCUCUUCCCCAGCCCUGCCCACUUAGAGGAGACAUGCAGGACUGCUUCAAAAAGCACUUUUGCAAAGGGCUUUUAGACAGCUCCUGCACUUGUGUUACCCUGGAGGCUUCUAGUGCAAUUAACUGUUGCCCCACCAGCUAGGAGCACCCCAUGUCAUCACCUGCACUUACCCCAAAGCAAAGUGGUGCAGAUCCAAGCACUGAAAUUCAUUGUUCACCACCUCUCUCUGCCAGCUCAAUGGCCUGCUGUAAAAGACAAAUCACAGUUUGGAAAGGAUUAAUUUAUUAUGGAUAGCAGGUAUGGUAGAAUGAGAAAGGGGAAAGGGAGAUAAUAUAUAAUAAUCUCAGCCCUCUCUCUCUCUCGCUAAUAACUUCAUUGAUCUUUGGAAGACACCCAGAGUGAUUAUGCUGGAAACAUCCCUGCCCUUCUGAUUAAAAUGUUGUCUAAAGCUGACUCCCUGGCAGGCUGUACAAAGGGCGGGCAUGAUAAUGAGCAGUUGGCAGACUUCUGAUUGCAGCUGGCCUUGGAUGCUUUGGCUUCAGUAUUUCCCAGUAUCAACAGUCAGGGGGAAUAUGCUGCUCCAAUUGAGAAGGGAACUGAAUUCUGCCUCUGAAGCCUCUCCAGGAUGUUCCAAGGGGCUUCUUUUAUUCCAGGCCACUAGCCAAGCACUGUGGCUGCCCUUGAUAACUGCUAUUCCAACAACUGCUGCCAUAGUGCAUAUGAUGCAUAGGUCUUUGCAAUCUGUUCCCCACCCAAUUCAUCCUCAUAGCAGUGCUGUGAGCUACGCUCUAUUAAGGCAAAUUUGAUGCAAUGUGUGUUAUGCAGUUUGGCACUACAGAGCUGUUUUUUAAAAAAUUAAUUAAAAAUAGGUAGUUGGGGGGGUGAGGAAGCCAGGGUGGAUCCAUGACACACAGAGGGGCUUUGGGAAUCAGACACACACACUUAGUAUUUCCACUGGGAAGAAGGCUCCCAUUAGUGCCAGUUCCAAUCAAAAUAGCCAAUGUGGAGGGGGCUGCUUAAGAUCAGGGCCAUGGGGGGGCAAAAGGGUUAACGUGCCCCUCCCUUCCACCACGGCUCACGUUUUUUAGCAUUUACCUAACCUAUCAUGUCAUAUUUCUUUGGAUUCAUAUAAUGGACAUUCCUAUACAUAGUUUAUUAGAUUUUCUGUGUUGCCCCACUUCACACAGCCCAUUGGGUGAAAAAGACCUACACAAUAUUCCAAUUGGAAUAUUCCCACAUCCGCCAAGCAAAUGAGAUUAUGCCCCGAGGAAGCAGCUCCCCUGCCAUUGUGGAAGAGGAAGUAUGAAGGGCAGCUAACCGUGCAAUCCUGUACAUGGCUACACAAACGUAAUUGUUGAAUUCAAUGGGGCUUACUCCCACAUACCUGGAAGCAAACCCCACUGACCUGAGUGCCGCUUAUGUUUGAGUAAGUUCACACAAGAUUGUACAGCGAGUCGCUUACAUUGCUGUUGCUGCAGUUUCAUUGGGAGUUCAGAAGUCAAUGCUGAAGGCGAAGGCAAGAAGGCCAGAGAAUAACAUGGAAGAGUUUGGGAAAACCAUUGCUGCUUUUUUUUUGCAUGAUGUGACUAUUGGUCGGACAAAAAAAACCACCCCAUAUUCCACAGGAAAUAACAAGUCUUGAUGCAAAAGACAUUUAACAAACAAUAACAACCUGGCAACAGUGCAGGCUUAUUCAAUAUAAGCAGCUGGUUUCUCGGCAUAAAGAAAAUGGAGAGCACCUGAUUUCUUUCCCCAGUUCCCGUCUGAUAGUGAACUUAACAUUUUUCUAAUCCUGCCAGGUGAAUUUCCGAGGCAGCCUGCAGAAAUUGAUCAGAAUCCGGAACCCCUGGGGGGAAGUAGAAUGGACUGGAAAAUGGAACGACAAGUGAGUUUCAAGCCUGGAGGCCAGAGCUGUACAUUUCCAAUAAACCACAUUUGGGCGUAAAGUUUCACAUUACAGGUUGCCAAACUCUAAAGCGGUGUCACUGCAAUGACUUCUUGAAAGCAGUCUGGCAACUGUAAGACCUAGAUCACAGAUGCAUUUUCUAGCACUUUAAUGAGCCUUUUGGGAAUCUUUCCCUGCUUCAGUUAAGUGUAUUCCCACUGCAUGUAAGUUAUGCUUUUCUUGCUUUAAAUGCUGCUGCAUCUGUCCCAGCAAGCAUUAGCGGUGGGGGGGGGACGAGGAAUUCUGGAGAGGCCAUCUGCUGCUCUAAAGAUGGACAUUAAACUGGCUUUAUGUUUUUAGCUGUCCAAGCUGGAACGGAGUUGAUCCUAAAGUAAGAGAGAGGCUCACGCAGAGACAUGAAGAUGGAGAAUUUUGGUAAGGUUGAAACAUAAUGAAGCAGCUUUACAUGGAGCUCAUCUCACUCAAUAUUGUCUCCACCAACUGACUGACAACAGCUGUCCAGGAUGCCCCUUCCCUAACUUUCCAAAUGGAGGGGAAGACAUUAGGAAUACUAUUCUAGUAUACAGAAAGCUGACAUACUUGCAGCCAUCAAAUUGUAAAUGGAUCUCUGGAACCAGUUCUGAUUGGAAUACACACAGACCCAGUAUAGAACACCCAAAACAUUGUCUUUGCUUUGCUAUAUUUAGUUUUGUUUCUCUUAUAAUAAAAAUGAAUAAUAAUACCUAAAACACCUGGAUGGCUGGUGGAAAAUACAGAGUUUUUCUAACUUGAGUAAAUGGUCUGUAGGAGAAAGAUUUCAAGUGGGUGAUCUUUUUUUAAAAAAAACAUUUCUUAUCCUAAAGGCAUAAUAGCCAACUAAUGUUGCAGCUUGCCAAUGGAGCUUGCCAUCAUGUUGCCCAGAGAUUGUUCUGGGGGCAAUUGAUUUGAUAGAAUCGUAGAGUUGGAAGGGACCAUGAGGCUUAUCUAGUCUAGUCUGCUGCAGUGCAGGAACUUUUUGCCCAAGGUGGAACUCGAACUCACAACCCUGAGAUUAAGAGUCUCACGCUCUUACCAGCUGAGCCAUCCUCUAAUCCUAUAAUAAAACUGAUGGGAAGAAGCAUAUUAGGAUCGUCUUUUCUUAGUAGGUAUUUUUUUCCCCCUGGCACUAUCCCAUAGGAUGUCGUUUAGUGAUUUCCUGAGGCAUUACUCCCGCCUUGAGAUCUGCAACUUGACUCCAGAUACUCUGGCCAGUGACAAGUUCAAGAAGUGGAGCCUGAAUUUGUUGGAUGGGAACUGGAGGAGAGGAUCCACCGCUGGCGGAUGCAGAAAUUACCCUGGUAAGUCACUCUUUGGCAUAGAAGUAGCCAGCCUGGUGCCAUCCAGAUGUUGUACUCCAGUUCCUAUCACUUACAAUCAGCACAGCCAAUAGUCGGGGCUGAUGGGAGUUGUAGUCCACACCAGUUGUAGUUUUUUUCUGGAAUUUCCUAACAACAUCCAAACAAAAUUAUAUAGAGCCCUUCUACACCAACACUUCAGUGUUUAGGCACAUGUUCACUCGGGUACCCACAAAGCUUCUGAACCCCCACUGCCCUCUUAGGACUCAGCUAUACAGCUGCAAAUAAAACAAUUUAAGUGUGUAUUAAGUGCAGUAUACAAUGUGACACUAGAUGGCAAUGGUGAGCCUUAUGGAAAAUUCAUUCUGUUUUUAAGAAGCAUUUUCAGAACAGUUUUUAUAUGUGUCUGGAUUUCAACUUGGUCUUGGCCCAGGGAUGAGCAGCACACCCAAGCCACAGCAACUGCUCUAUAAACAGCAGAGGGGAGGCAGUGGAAAGUGGAAUCUGUGUUGUGAGGAGUCAUGAAGGAAAACAGAAAGCUUUGUUUCCCCAGAGAGCAGCGGAGGUUGCAGUGGUAGAAGGCAGAUUUAUUGAGCAUAGUGAGUUGGCAUGGUGAAAACAGCUUGAUUGGCGGGGAGGGAAUAAUCCUGGAUCUCAGUGUUUAAGAUCCUAUUCGAAAGAAAAUUUAUAUGAAAGCUGCAUGGCAUGGUAAUUUUUUCAAAAAUCACCUAGAAAGGCCUACAAAGUCUGUGGAUCUACAAGAUUUACUUUGCAAAACAUCCUCUUCAGUUUAGUCAAAGUCUGUUUGGCCAAAGUAAGUGAGGUCUCUGCACAAUGCCUCCUGUUCAGUCUGCAAUAUCAACUACCAGGAGUUUUGAUACCACUGACCUUUGUGGGAAAAUAGGCCUGUCACAUACUGUCAAAAAUGGUCCACCGAUUCUGGAACCUGACCUUUACUGGAAUGCAGAGAUUCAAAAAAGGAGCUACAAGCAGCUGCACCCCAUGUGAAAAUAAUUCUGAAGCUUCUUUAAAGAGCUACAUGUUUAACAUCCUUAAAAUGAGCGUGGAAAUCUGAAGUGGAAGGGGCUGUAUCUUCCCAAACCAGGAAGACGGCUUUGUGCCAUCAGCACAAGCUGAGUCGCUGUAAGCUGAAUAUGGUUUCAAGUAACCUCCCUUCUUUCAUCAGAUACAUUCUGGAUGAAUCCGCAAUAUUUGAUCAAACUUGAGCAAGAAGAUGAAGAUCCCGAUGACCCCGAGAGAGGCUGCACCUUCCUUGUUGGCCUGAUUCAGAAGCACCGUCGGAAGCAGCGGAAGAUGGGGGAGGAUAUGCACACCAUUGGAUUUGCCAUCUAUGAGGCAAGCUCCUUGUUGCCGCUUUCCUUUCUUCUUUGCAAACUGAGAGGGAGUCAUUACUUUUCAGGGUCAAAGCUGACAUGUUCAGAAAUGCAUAGUGCAUGGGUUGCAUAAUCCAUAGAUUGAUGGUGGCUUAUUGACAAAACGCAAAUCUCCCUUUACCAUUAAAAAAUGGUUCACCAAAUGCACUUUUGUCACUUAUUUGUGUGUAGCAUCAUGUGAUAGUUUGCAUUUCUGCAUUAGCCAUCAUAGACAUGGCAGCUAAAACAUGCACACCAUCUGAUUCAAAAUGCUUUUUCGGUGGAGAUGGAUCGCACCCUUGGCAGAAAGGCAUCAAGUGAUUAACAUUCAUGCAUGAAUCAGCCCCAAAGUCAAAAACAGACGAACAUUUUCUGGUCUACUGCAGGCCUUUAGGGAGGUCAUAGAUGUUGAAGACUACUAAUAGAAAAAUGGGUUGUCUUGUUGAAUGAUAAUACCUGGGUCAGCAUUCCCCAACCUGUUACCUUCCAGAUGUUUUGGACUAAAACUCUCUCAUCAGCGCCUGUUGCAUAGUCACUGGUCAGGGAUGAUGGGAGUUGUAGCCCAAAACAUCUGGAGGGCACAGAUGUUGGGAAAGGCUGAUCUAGAUUCUAGAAUAAUACAUACUUGCAACAUUUACAAGGGCAAGAGCAGGCAAAGAUUUUCCCAGUUAAAGGAGUUGUGCAGAAGUGGCAAAUGAAGCAUUGUUGAGUGUUGUUGAUUUAAUGUACACCUUUUUCUUCUUCUUGCUUUCCCACAGGUACCUCCACAGGUAUGUGCAACUUCUGUGCAAUGGAACGUGUGUUCCUGGUCUAAGAAUGUCCUGAGGAUGGGGAACUUCCAAUCAGCAUUUAAAGAACUAUUUUAAACCAGAUGUUUAAACUUCCAGAAAUGUAUGUUGUUUAACAUGCAAGUUUUGUCUUUCACCAUGGGCGAUGUAAGCACAUAGAAUUUUACAGCCAUCUGUUGACUUUAUUUGCCAAAGGUCUGCUUUUCUUUCCCUGGACUCUAAAGCCCUUAAAAUGCAAAUUUUCCACCAGCACCUUUUAAUCCUUCUGUGAUACCUCAUCUCAACUUUAUCUCAAUUCUGAUGUCUGGUUCCAGUUGUAUGGUUUGCUCUCAAUUUACCCCUCCCACUACCAUCCCUGCUCCACCCACGUGGCUGUUUCAGCUUUUGAUCUGUGGCAGAUGUUCUGAGGGACACCUCUUUCUGGCUGAGCUGAAGGUUCUUUUCAAGCCAAUAGAACUCAUUUUCUAUGCUUCAAUGUAUUUCUCUUCCCAUGUAACAUUCUUAUAUUUGUAAUCAUUAACUCAGCUGUUUAGAACUGUGUAGUGUCCUCAUGGCCCUUCUUCAGUUACAUUCUGAACUGGAAUAAUACCGUUGCUUUUUUUGUUUUCUCCAAUGAAGUCUUCCGGCCAAACAAAUGUCCACCUGAGCAAAAACUACUUUCUAACGAACCGAGCGAGAGAACGAUCAAACACAUUCAUCAACCUCCGAGAGGUGUUAAAUCGGUUCAAGCUUCCCCCAGGAGAGUACAUCAUUGUGCCAUCCACUUUUGAACCCAACAAGAACGGGGAUUUCUGCCUCCGAGUCUUCUCAGAAAAGAAUGCAGAUUCACAGUAUGUCACUGCCUCUACUCUAUUUUUCUUUGUUUCUCCCUAUCUUGAAUGGUUUUAUGAAUCUCAAAGCACUGGAGGAACCAUAUUGCUUCAGGAUCAUGUUGUGCAUCCCAUUCAAUUAGACAGUCUAUCUGGUGAAAGUUAAAAGGAAAGAGGGCUGUUGUGUGAUGGUGUUUUCCCCCCAGAUUGGUACUCCCCAGGUGUUUCGGACUACAACGCCUGUCAAUCCCAGCCAGCAUGGCCAAUGGUUAAUGGGAGUUGUAGUCCGACAACAUAUGGAGAGCACCAGAUUGGGAAAGGCUGGACCAAAGGACUUGAACAACCUAGUAAGAUAAAGGGACCCGUGACCAUUAGGUCCAGUCGUGACCGACUCUGGGGUUGCGGCGCUCAUCUCACUUUAUUGGCCGAGGGAGCUGGCAUACAGCUUCCGGGUCAUGUGGCCAGCAUGUUUAAGCCGCUUCUGGAGAACCAGAGCAGCGCACAGAAAUGCGGUUUACCUUCCCGCAGGUACCUAUUUAUCUACUUGCACUUUGAUGUGCUUUCGAACUGCUAGGUUGGCAGGAGCAGGGACCGAGCAACAGGAGCUCACUCCAUUGCAGGGAUUUGAACUGCCGACCUUCUGAUCGGCAGUGUGGUUUAGGCUGUGUGGUUUAACCCACAGCGCCACCCGCGUCCCAACCUAGUAGGGUAUACUUAAUCCUUCGUUCCAUGGGGCCCAACCAGUCAGGUUUCAAGGACUGUUGAGACAUCCUAAUUUUUUAUCUGCCAUUACAGGAAAUUAGUGAGGGUUUUCUAUAAACCACCCAUAAUUAUUUUGAGUGGUAUAUAAUUACUCCUGAAUAAUGUUAAGCAGAGAGAGGCAGAACUUGAACCCACUGUGUGAGUGUGUGAUUUGGAGUAAGCUUCCUAGUACGCCCUCUCUUUCAUCAGACCAUGUUUCUGGGAACAGAGGGCUACAAAUCCACAGGCAUAUGUGAAAGAACUUUAAAACCAUGUUUUAUCAUAGUUGCACAGCAUAAGAUUUUGGUGCUACAUCCAUCCUUUUGUCUUUCAGUAUAAUGUAAGUAGUCUUAGGGUUUUUUCAAACAUCUGUCCAGACAAGUCAUAAGAGUGGCUGUGUUAUAUGCAUUUCGUCUGUGGAUAAUUCUCAAGUUGUUUUUCUUGCCUCUUGGGCCUACUUCAAUGCAUCAGGAACUCAUGGAAAGUUUGGUGCGUGUUGUUGCCUUCACAACCCUCCAUCACCCCAUUCGCUUUCCCCUUCCCCUUCCCAUCGCUGUCAGUGCCGAGAAGAGGUGUGCACAUUGUAAAUGAUUUCACUUAAAAUGCUACUCAGUGAAGUUGAAGGUAAAAUACCUACUGCCCACCUAGGCCAGGGAUGAGGCCUUCCCAGAUGUUGUUGGCCUCAAACUCCCAUCAGCCCCAGCCAGCAUAGCCAGUGGUGAGGAAUGAUGGGAGUUGUAGUUCAGCAAUCUCUGGUGGGCCACAGGUUCCUUGCCUCUGCCUUAGGCCCUCACUCAAAAAAAUUAAUUCUGUGUAAUGUGCACAAAAAAUGAUCCCUAAGUUUCCAAUGAUCUGCUUCAUUUGGGUAUACCUGAAUGUUACAAAACCUGUAGCAGCUGCAGAGAGAAACUUUUCCAAAUAUUAAAUACCCAGGGAACCUUUAGAAUGGGGUAGGAAAACUAUGGGUCUCCGGAUGUUGCUGAAUUCCAACUCCUAGAUUCCCCCCAACCCUUCUUUAGAAGUUCAAAUGUCAAUCUAAGUCUGCUUGCAUGAAAUAAAACUAACAGCCAUUCCUCUGCUCAUUUUUAGAGUUGUUGAUGAUGAAAUUGAAGCCAAUAUUGAAGAGGUAUGCUGCCUAAUAUGAAAACUUUUUUUGCUGACAGCAAAGUGCUACAGGCAAAAGAGAGAACAUGCGCUUGCUUUCCAGGGUUGCUGGGGGGGGCGGGUUCUGAGCGAUUGUAGAAGAUGCACAAAGCUUUUAGGAGUGAUUAUGCCAUCAUUAACCUAUUGACUCAUAGAAGACAGUUGUUGCUGUUGAGGGCCCUGAAUUUUGGAGCUUGCUAACUUACAAAGAAACCCAGGUCUGCAGGGUUGCCGGUGGGGUGGAGUGUCUGUUUUUGGCUAGAACAGCAGAGCUGGGAGAAAGGGUUAAUCCUGCCUACACAGAGAGAUAUACACUGUGUUGCCAGUCCUGAUUCACAGGUUUAAUGUACCAUUAAAUGUACGGCUGUUCGUACAUUUUAUCACAAUUAGGGCUUCAUUCUUAUACUUUUAUUUUUCAAUACUGAGGUUAAAAUGUUAACAUCUUUUUUUAAAAAAACCCAUACUGGAGCAUUGCCCUCUAUGCACACAUUUCUGACAUUGGAUUUGAUAGGCUUUUCUGUACUUCAUUGCAAAUAGUAAAAUGGGUUUCUUAUCUUGAACAGUUUGUCAUCUUUAACGCUGCGGUAUGAAAAAAAGCAACCUGAGAUUCUCUGGAGGGUUUAUGCAUUAUUCAAUCUGAACAGAAUUCGAACCAGUCAUUGAGAGUGAAAAUUAAAUUUUAAUUCGUUGCCCUAGCAAAAGGAUAUGUAUAUACACACAUAACUAUGUAUAUAUUUAAUAUAGCCCUAGAAGAGGAAUCUGUUUGCUUAAAUAUUUGACGGUUACUGGGUCAGAGACCUCUGCUGAUGUUUCCCCUGUCAUUCAUUUUUCUAGAAAGAACUCACAGAAGAUGAAAUUGAACCCAGUUUUAAGAAACUAUUUAGGCAAUUAGCUGGAGAGGUGAGUAGCUUAGUUUUCCAUCAGGUUGGGGGCCCGUGGCUCUUUUACAAAAUGCACCAUCUCCAAGAGCCAGAAUUCGAAAAUGCAGAACUAGAUCUGGGAAAACAUGCUGAUUCACAGUGAUAGUAGAGGUGAUCAUUUAAAGUAAGCCAUUGUGGUUGUUCCUUCAUUGCCCACAGGAUGCUGAGAUCUCCGCUUUUGAAUUGUGCAACAUUCUGAAAAAAGUCAUGGCAAAACGUAAGUUCUUCUCUCGCAGUCCUGUGAACAUCCACAGUUCCCCACAAAAUCAAACGUGAAUGCUGAAAACAGAAAGAGUACAUUGUUUGUGUGUAAUAAGUGUGUUGUUUUUCUUUGCAGGCCAAGAUAUUAAAUCAGAUGGCUUCAGCAUUGAAACAUGCAAAAUAAUGGUUGAUCUAUUAGACGUAUCCUUCUUCUUCCAAAUCUACAGGCUUUCUGCUUACAGGGCAACAUAAUAGGGAAGGGAGUGGUUUUUGGUUUUUUAAGACCUAACUGUGACAUACUUUGUCAACAUUCCCUUUGAUUUGAUAAAACACCUUGUAGUUAUGAGAUACAUGUUCCCACCCACCUAAGGGAGAGAAUGGGAAAUGCUUUAUUGGGGGAGGGGAGAGAAUCUGAUUCAUUCACAACUGCAGCAUUUUAGCAGAUAUCUAAUAUCUGAAGGGGCUUUAUAUGGAUCAGUGCUGGGACACGAGUUUUGUAUGCAGGCAAUACACUUGUACCAGAGUUAACAUCAUACCUUCAGCUGAUACCUUGAAGAUGCACUGCUGGUCAGAAGAGACAAUAUUGACCUAGGUGUCGCGUUGAUAUGAAGUAGCCCGUAUACAUAGUGUCAUAAUCAGUUAUUAAUUUAUAUACUGCUACAUGCCAAAAUAGGUUCUUUCUUUCUAUAUGUAUGUAUAUAUAACACAAGAUAUACAAACUGUUAAAAUAUAAAUAGCCUUAUACACAAUAAGACAGUGCCAUUAAAACAAUAAAGUGAUAAAAGCAGGAGACUCUGGUUGAGAAAUAAUGACAGAGAUGUCCCUCUGUAAAUCCUUCAAAGGCAGGAUGCCAAUACAAAAGAGCCUCUUACAUUUCAACAGGGAAUGCGUUCCAUGUCACUGGUGCUGCUAGUGAAAAAGCCCACCGCCAUAUCACCAUAAGUCAAUAAUCAUCAUACUGUGGCAAGAGUUCCAUUUGUUGAGGUCAAUGUCCUCGCUGGGUAACCUGGGCCCAGAGUAGCUUAGGGCUUCAUAUGAAAGCUAGAAUGCCUUAAAACUGGCUCAGUAACUAAUAAGCAGCCAGUACAGGUCCCUCAGUACUGGUGUGAUAUGUACCAACUAAGGGGCACUACUGUGCCCAUGGCAUUCUGCUCCAGCGGCAGCCUCUGAACCAGCUAUAAGGAAAGCCCCACACAGAGCACAUUGCAGUAUUUUAUAAGCAUGAGGUUACCCACAUGUGAGUCACAGUGGCAAAGCUAUCCUUGUCCAGGAAACUGCACCGUUGACUCACCAGCUGAAGCAGAUCAUAAACACUCUUUGCCAUGGAGGCAACCUGGGGGUAUUCACAAUACGCCUGAUAAUCUGGUAGGUGUCAGGAAAUUUGGAGUUCUAAUCAAGUUUUGAUGCUGGUUGCUUUUUAAACAUGUAAAAUACAUCAGGGAGUUUACCAGUACAUAGGAAAAGGAAUCUAGAAUGGGACUGGCAUUGUUAUCUACUCUGAUUUUCAAAAAUAACCACUGUUUUAAAAAAAAGGGGGGGAGCAAUUAGGUUUCCUUUGUGAAAUCGAAAUAUCCCUAACUAAAAACAGACUGAUGGUAGCGGUAAGCUGGGACUGAAGGAAUUUAAUGUACUUUGGACAAAGAUUCAGAAAUACCAGGUAAGAAGACAUCUUUAAAUGAAGACGUGUGGGAGACUUCUGUUACCUAAAACAUACUUUGGCAUCUAAGACUGUGGAAGUGUGUUAACCUUCCUGGGACCUGUUAGCGCAGAUAUGUAUGAACAGUGGCCUUGUAGUGGUUACUGCGAUCAAGGUGUAUAAAUGCACCAUUAGCAGUAGCAGUGCUCAGUUAUGACACUAUUAUUAGGUCAAGUUUAUGGAGCGCAAGAGUAACUUUAAGAAAGACAGGCAUAGCUCUUUAAAUUCAUCCCAGAAAAACCCCCGCAAAAAUGGGAAUAGAUUAAAGCAAUGGAAGGAGCAUUUUAUGGCAUCAUUGCGAAGCACAGAGAUUGUUUUGUAGAAAGAUUGCUCUGCUUUGAAGUGCUGUCAGGCCUCUAACUCUGGGUUUUGUGUUCUGCAGAAAAUUUAUAGGGACAUGGAUGUCGAUCGCUCUGGAACCAUGAACUCCUAUGAGAUGCGGAAAGCCUUAGAAGCAGCAGGUACCUCUUAUACAGUUACAGUAAAGUUCAUAAGUUUAUUGUUCUAUCCAAAGGCCAUAACAAACUUACAUUAAGCAAUAGUAUGACUAAGAUAAUACAAAACAUGUAACCGUAAUAGAAAAAUCUGCAAAGACGUUGCCAAGUUCCUGAGAAUUGAAACGGUUUCCCUUGCGUAUCUCUGACAGCUCGAUUUUGCCCUUUUAAAAUCCAGUUUGCCGACAUCCUUAUGUAAGAGAGAGAAGUUAGCAGAGAUUCCAACAAACUCAAAUCCAGCUUGAGUUCAGAUUAAAGCUCCGAAUCACCAAUUUCUAGCAAUUUUAUCCAAUUUCUUUUUUCUUGCAACCUGUGCAUAGAGGGACACAUGGUGUGCUAAAAAGCUAUUAUUGUCACAUGAAAGAAACCAAACCAUUUCUGCUGGGGUGUGCCUGCUUGCUUGUUUGUAUAAGAGGCAGGUUAACAAAUCAUGAGUCAUGUUUUCCUUCUUGUACAGUCAUCUUAAACAAAGGCAGCUUGGGCUUUAUACAGCGAUAGGCUUAUUAACAGAAAACUGGCCUUAUUCAGGGAGCAGGCACACAUUUCUGUUCAUCAUCCUGGAGACAGCAUAGCCAAUUUAAAAACCAACAACAACCAGCUAAGAUAUGUAGCUUCCAGUGCACAAACCUUAUGUUUAUUUGAUCAGGGUUUUCUAAAAUACAAAAUGGUUGGCAACCCCUACCACGUGUUUGGUCACACUACCCGAGAAUGCACCUGUGCCAAUGAGAUUCUGCUUCCUUGUCCUGUAGGUUUUAAGCUGGAUUGCCAAUUGCACCAAGUCAUUGUGGCUCGUUUUGCUGAUGAGCAGCUGAUAAUCGAUUUCGACAAUUUCGUUCGAUGCCUGAUUCGACUGGAAACUUUGUUCAGUGAGUAUCUCACAGCCGCAGCAUCCAUUUAUAUUAAGAUCUCCAUCCUAAAACCAUGUUAUGGAUUUUUUUUAAAAAAACUUACUGUAUUUCCAGAGGUUCGGUGGGGGGGGGUUGGUCCUGUGUUUCUGCACAGCAAGUUCCUGUGGUUUCUUCUUCCUUCGCUGUAGUCUAUUCACUUUGAGCCUGUGGACAGUUCUAUCUUUAAAUAUCUGUAUAGUGCUGUACGUGUUUAAUAAUACUCUAUGCCUGAUGGCAUAAUGCUUAUGGGUGCAGUAAGGUUUUUGUACGUUACAUAUAGUAGCACACAUCAGGUUGGCUGCAAUUUCAUUCAGUGCAGAGUCCAUGUCAAGCAGCUUAGACAUUUUUUUCACAGUCCUAGUGCAAGAUUGAGCUCUUCCCAUAUCAACUUAUACAUGCAGGUUGAAGGUGUAGUUCAAAUCCCAUUGGCAAAGCAGUGGCUGCCAAAACAAAACAAAACAAAACAAAACACCUCACCUGUGCUGGCAGCUCUAUGAUGCUGUUGUAAUGUCUGCCAUUACAACACUCCCCUGCAGGAAAAGCUAAAUUAGUCACCUUCUGAAUGUAUUUUUGGCAGCACACAAGGCACUUAUUUUAUUUUCUUCCAUUAUGAGUCACUUCCUAUGAAACGUCUCAAAGUGAUUUAACAAAAACAUUAGCAAUGAAAAAAUAUAUAGAAUAAAUGCUUGCCCAACACGGCUUCAGUAAUGACAGAUGAUAUGGGCCCACAUGGGAGGCGGCCAUACUGCAGCUUCUUCCAGCCACAUGGCUGGCUUUUGGGAGGGGGGUUGUUGGCGUGGAAAGAAGUAAGUCUUCUUCCACAUGGCCAAAUUAUGUUCCCAAGUUGUUUGCUGUAGUGCAGAGGCACAAGCAGGAAGGGAGGUACCAUCAUUACCCUUCUCACUGCAGGGAAGCCAGAUGAAGGGACUGCUCAGACAAUUUAAUUGCAUCUUAAGGUGUGAGAAUGAGUUCAAGAUGAAAUAAGUCAUAUGCCAAUGGUAGGAACGAGAAAAGCAAAAAAAAAAAUCAAAUCCUUCACUAAAAACCAUAUGGCUCUUCAUUUAAAAAAAGAAAAAUGCAAAGCUACAGUAGUCAGCCUUCAAGUAUAUAUUGUGAUCCUCUGACAAUGAAUGCUUUUUAGUAUGAAAUAAUUUAAGUCUUUUUUAUUAUGAUGAUGAUGAUGAUGAUGAUGAACUUGCAGCUUUCACCCUUAUUUCUCAUGCUGAAACCUUUCACUGCUGCUUUGUCUUUUCCGGGAAGCCUCCACUUUGUUAUUAAUACUCUGCUCUUCUUUCUCUCUCCUCUCUAUGCAGAGAUAUUUAAGAAACUGGAUACUGAGAAAACAGGAACGAUACAGAUGAAUCUUGUCACUGUAAGUUAUUCCUCCUAUCAAGAUCCAAAAGCACAAUUCUAGCAGAGGCUAGAGUCACUUCAGAGGAAGAACUGCAAAGCUUUUGUUUGCAAUUUGCAAUCUAGAUAUGUACAGCAUUUGGCAUACAGGCUAGACACUAGAUACUUUUUAUUUCUUUUUUACCAAAUUUCCAGGAACAUCCAGCAGAGAGGAACACAUUUUCACCCAGAGCUAAUGAUCACUUGGAAAGAAAGUGAUGUUUGUGUUCUCAAAAGCACAGGGCAGUAGAUUUUGCACAAGGUUUAAGAUUUUCCUGCAACUAUUGAACUGCUGGUUCAAUAUAAUCAGGGGCAUGAACAGGCACCAAUGAGCCUUGGGCCAGGGUACACACUCCUUCAACCUUGUUUUGCAUACAGAACACCCUUGCAGGUUUGAAGUGAUGUAUGAAGCACUAACACACCAUCACCCUUGGUCAGAUGUAUGUAGAAUAAGUACACUGGUGGAAUUUGUGUACUGCUGCUUUAUAUGUACUUCCUCCUGAAACAUAUAAUGUGGCAGAUGAAAAAUGGUGCCCCUGCAUCUCUGAAGACAAAAGCACGUGAACUGGCUUUUACAAGCGCUUCCUGUGUGUACUUCUGCAGAUGCACCAAGGGAAAAACAAUCCGGGACUUCAGCCGACUCACACAGGCAGAAACAGCAGUAUAUAGCUUACAUGCAAACGUUCUCCAUCUUGUGUUUUCCCUUUGAUCAUAUGGAAGCAGCAUGUGAACAUACAUGGACCAGAUACAUAAAAUUACUGAGUCCAUUGCAGAGCUGCCUCAGCCAAAUUUAAUGCUUUCUCUGUGUCUGAACAAGCAACCUAAUGGCAGAAGUCACUCAUAUGCUGGCAGAUUUGCAGCUCAUUUAUUAAUCAUUUUAGGGGUGCAGUAGUACAUUUCCUACUCCUGAUAUAUUUUUCAUUAUCCACUAUAUCUGGGAGCAGGCUAACAAUUCCAAAACUGUGUGUGAACUGAGCAACAUGUAGCCUUUUGGCAGGAUAACACCACAGCCAGUGUCAUCUGAUAUAUUGUAAAGUUAGCAGUCCUCAUUACAUAGGAAUAAAACACCAAGAGGGAUUAGUGUUCAUUCUUUUCUUUCAUUCUUUCAUUCUCAGAAGCGAAGCUGCCAACAACUUCUUCUAUAGAGUGAAUUUCACUUCCUCUUUUAGCCUCAAGUGCUUUUUGCGGAUAGAUAACUUCCUUUUACGAAACACAUACUAAAUUUGGUCUAGCUUCACGGAAUAUAUUCCAAGAGGGCGGAGGGACACUUGUUUGUAACAUGUUUUUCCUUCUGUCCCAUAGUGGGUGUGUUUUACUAUCAUAUGAAGAAGCCAUGAGCCUCAGCUGAUGAUUCUCCUAGGAACGUGAACAUCAAUCCAAGACCAAAAUGGAGCGUUAAAAGAAAAAAGCUAUUGCAUAUCUUAUAUUUAUGAAUGAAGCUGCUAAGCAAGAGAAGAAUACUGAAAAAGCAAAAUGAGCACACCGUGGAAGUUACUUACCUUGGUAGCUUCUGUAUACAAGCUUUUAACUUUUUAUGUAAUUCUAUUUUAUUUGCUUGAGCUAAUUUGCUUAAGUUUGCUAAUUUCAAGAAGUUAGUUUUAAAUGAAAGCUGAUGAGUAGCGGUCUUCUUUUAAAUGGCAACAUGGCGCAUUCGUCAUUCAGCCUACAAUUAUUCAGAAUUAUAAGAACCUAAACAUCCGAAGAUGCAUCCUCAAGAUGCUCAGCAAUAAACUUACACCAUCAACUUCACUUUCCAAGCCCAAGUACAGUAUUUAAGAAUGCUACUUGAACUAAUCAACUAAAAUCAGUUUCGUGCCAAAUAUUACAUGCAUUAUACCAACCUUUAGUUUUCACCAGAUGAUAUUUAAAUCCCAAACUUUUUUAAAAAAGAAAAUGUGGAAUGAUGGUUCUUAAGUGAAGUAACAAUAUUCUUGGUUUGAUCAGCAAGACAUCUUCAUAGCUUUAAUGAAAUCAAGAAGUCUGCACUUGAUCACCAUGAGCAAAUUUGCUACCAGUUGGAUCCAUAUCAGCAGCCAUUCAGAAAAUCAUCAUAAUAAAAUGUAUGCUUCCCUUAUGCAUACUACAACUAAAUGAACUAUUGACUGAAAGAUGCUUACAUUCCCCUAAUACAUGGGAAUUUUAAAAGGUAAUUAUAAAGUCCACUAGCAACAUUUAAACAGCUGAGAAUUGUGUAAAUUCCUUAGGAUUACAUAGCAUCAAGGUGUUUACUGCUGUAAUGUGUAGACAGUGAUAAAUCAGCCAUUUCAGAAAAGUAUGGCGCAUGAUAUUUUCAAGAUUUGAUAGCAUUCUUACAAAUGCUAGAGGGUUCACACAUCACAUACCAAGGCAAAGGCCAUAUCCAAGGUAUGGAUUUACAGAGGGCAGCUGACCUGUUCAAUUUGCUGUUAAUCCAAUGUGUUGUUCCACUAACAAAAUUGUUAACACGCCACAAUCAGUUUUGAAAAGACAUGCAAGAACGUGUUUGGUUUUCCAAUUUGUAAAUCAAAUAAUUUCUAAAGUAAUUUGUGCUCCAGAAGAGAAACUCACUUUAAAAAUGCAAUGUACACGCACAGCAGAUCUCUCCUCAAUCUGCAGACAUGCCAAGAUUUAAGCAGAAGCAGCAGGAAGAAAACUUUCUGGGUAAGAUCAUAUGACUAGGAAGCCUUCCAAAAACCUGGUUUCUUUUACUGGGUAAUUAACUGAGCACUUUUGAACACCAAGAAGAAGUAGAAGUUUGCUAAACAAGACUGAGGAGUCAGCACAAUACCCUCACAGCCUAUAUAACACCCUAGUGAAAAGCUAUCAAGAGGCCAUCAAUAUUGUAGUUAUCGAGUCCUGAAGCUUGGAAGAUCAUCAUUCAAGCAGGCAGGUUAUUGCCAAUACAAGUAAACAAUUUUGAUACAAGGGGUUUUCUUUGUAAACAUAUUUUAAAAAAUCUCAAUGUUAGCAGUGUAAACUAAUCAAUUUGGGAUAAACCAACAUGGCUUAGAUACGAGGCGCAGUGCAAUUUAUAGAAAUUGCAGGUCAGAGAGAACAUCUUCCAAACCUAAUAACCACAGAAUGCUGACUAUAUAAAGGAGUCACGAACUGUAGUCUCUCUUUCAUGUGCCCCUGUCAGCACAUGGAGGGCAGCUCAAUGACAGAAGCCUUGUGAAGCCGAGUGUUAAAAGCUGACACCAGACAAAUUGGUAUUUCUGAAGCAAAAAUUUAAUCACAGUUAAGAAUAAAAAGAUAGUUAUAACAAAAUUUGUGAGAUGUAGAGUACACAGGUUUUCUAUAUCGAACGCUCAAGUUACAAAACACAGACAAGAUUUAUUUUAAAAAACACUAUAGAAACUACAUUACUUGCAGUAUAACACAUUUCAAAUACUUUGGAAAUCCUAAAAUGCUACUGCCCUUGAAGGUUAUUGCUCAAAACUGAAUUUAGGUUCCUUAUUUAUUAAGAUGCAUUAUGUCAUUUUCACACCAUUAACUCGGCUACUAAAAUACAUUCCGUAAGC